GAACCUUCGUACACCUUUUAUUCACCUUAUUCUACACCAUACUUUUACCAGGUAAAAUGUAACGAGGGUCUAGUAUGCGGGGACCUAAAAGCGAUCCUAUCUUUUGUCUCUCAUCUCUAAACGGUGAGCGAUCGGUCUCUCAGAGAUACGGUCAGCCUAAGCCCCAAACUACGCAUACCUGGCCCCCUGCAUACGAUUGCCACGUGUCUCGCCACCCUUGACAUACUAUAAAGACAAUGACUACGCCCUACUUUAAUUUUUUUUUCGAUCCAACACUUUUAAAAUGUCCGUGAAAAAUGAUCGACCAACUCCUACACCAACCAGCCUAGCGGCCCCACAACCACUAGCGACCCCACAGCCACUGGCGACUCCGGUGGCAAAAGCUUCCCCAACGGUCACUCACCAAUGCAGCCAGCAGGAGACCGAAUCUAGGGUCCAAGAAACUCUUCAACCUCUGAAUUGUGCGACUAAGUGCGCACAAAAUGUCAAUGCAGCUCAGAACUUUCAGAAAUUAACUCCGAAAAAAGAGAGCAAAAUCCAACAAACGGAAAAUCAGCGUUGCAACGACGCCUUAAACAAGGACCAGGUUUCUGAUAAUGAUCCCCGCAAAUUUUCAAUGAAGUUUGGAAUUGUGCAUACUACCCCACAAAUGGUUCAUCCAUGUCACUCUAGUCACGUCGUACACAUACCUCCUCAACCUGUCGGAUGUAGCCAUUGUGCUAACGAGGACUAUUCGGACUCGUUCACUUCUUCCUCAUCAGAUUCAAAAACUCACUCUCGACACAGACGAAGACGUAGGAGUUACACACCGGAUUUCACCUCCUCGGACGACGACGAUCUUUCACGUCCGGGGGACCUCGAGGUGAGCAGACUAGUUUCACAGGUGCUGCGGGAUAUCAAAAGGAAGGCUCGCAGAAUCCCGCGAAUUAAGCCGUGCUACCACAACGCCGCUGCCUGGUGCCGCGAAUGGAGGUGGAUUAUGACUCCUGGAGGACCACUAGAGACGCUUACGAAUACCGACCCCUCCAUAGAGAAGGUAGAGCAUCGUUAUGCCCCGUGGAUGACCAGAUCGCAAAAUGAAUCGUUCUGGAGGCAGCUUGACAGAGAGAUUUCGUAUUGGAUGGCUAAGAAGUUUUGGAGGAGAGCAAGGCUUCCUCGCUCUAAAGAGAUCUUGUCGGUUAAGGAUUUAGUGCAGCUGAUUGAGCUGCGUAAACCCCGAGACUUAACCGCAAAGGAAGGGAUGGUCGUUGCUGGGGGUAUCGCUUUUGCGUUGGUAGUAUUGGUGUGCUCUGUCAUUGUAGCUCUGUAGUGGCAUCCAGGAGAUUUAUAUAUAUAUGAGUACUUAUGCAAUUUCGUUAAUGAAUCAUGCCAUUGGAGGUCUGGGUAACUUGUACAUUGAACAUAUAUCCGGAGCUGAGAGACGGCAACGCAAACUGAAGGAAGUCACCGAAUCUAUAAAAAGCCGGAGCAAAUAAGUAAAGGUGACCUGAAUAUUACAAUGUAGAUACAUUGAGCACACCAGGACACCUUCAAAUGAACUGUGUAAUAUACGCCUCGAUCCAGUGAAAAGGUAUUUACCGAUGGCCUAUAAUGGGGAAUUGAUUAAAGCCUGAAAUUAGCCGGGGUUUUGCUGUAUGAGGUCCCAAUACCGAGGUCGGCUUCGAAAGGUAUUUCUAAAUAAUGAUUAUUGAGGGCCCUAGUCUAUCACACCUGUACUAUGCCUCCGUAGCCCGAACCCCGAUCUCGGAGUUGUAUACUAUUUUCU